CGCGCCUGCUCCAAGCUGCCGCGUCUCCCCCGAGCCGGGUCAGGCCGAGCGAGGAGGCAGCAGAGCCAGGCUGGGCAGGCGGGCAGGCAGGCGGGGGCGGCUGGAGCUGCCCUUGCAGCGAGGAGGCCGGCAGGAGGAGCGAAGCCCCGGGCCCUGCAAGGGACUCCUCUGGAGUCUGCACUGGAGGAGGAGGAGGAGGCGGCGGCGGCGGCGGCGGGCGGGGGCAGCCCUGCAAGUUGGCUGCAGCUCCGCAAUGGGCCGGGCCGCCGGAGGAGGCGGAGGAGGCGGGAAGCCUACCGAGGGGCUGGGGGCAGGGGAGGGGACCGUCGGCUGGGCAGGGCUGAUAGCCUAUCGCUCGCGCAGCCAGCCGGGCCGCCUCUUCUUCGCAGCCAGCCCCGGCCGCCCUCCACUCCGCAGCGCCAGCCGCGAGAUGGGCAGCAUCGCCAAGGAGCCCGUGCCCGCCACCAUGGAGCCCGGCGCGCCGCAGGAGCCCAAGGACGGGGGGCACGCCGAGCACCGGGCAGCGGUCAAGCGGGACUACCAUCACCGGAUCUUUGUGAACCGAAGCCUGGCAUUGGAGAAGAUCAAGUGCUUCGGCUUUGAUAUGGACUAUACACUAGCAAUGUACAAGUCCCCAGACUAUGAAGAACUGGCUUUUCAACUCCUGCUGGAGCAAUUGGUUUCCAUUGGAUACCCCCAUGAGAUCCUAGAGUACAAAUACGAUCCCACUUUCCCUACCAGGGGCCUGGUAUUUGAUGCCUUGUAUGGGAAUUUGCUGAAGGUGGAUUCCCAUGGAAACCUCUUAGUGUGUGCACAUGGCUUCCGCUUCCUCAAAGGGGCUGAAAUCUGGAAUUUUUAUCCAAACAAGUUCAUACAGAGGGAUGACAUGAAGCGCUUUCAUAUCCUAAACACUUUAUUUAACCUGACAGAGACCUACCUCUUCGCCUGCCUGGUGGAUUUCUUUACCAGCUGCUCCCGAUAUGUGAACUGCGACACAGGCUACAAACAUGGCAACCUCUUCAUGUCAUUCCGGAGCAUGUUCCAAGAUGUGCGCGAAGCCAUGGACUACGUCCAUCUCUCAGGCUGCCUCAAGGAAAAGACACUGGAGAACCUGGAGAAGUAUGUGGUGAAAGAUCCUCGUGUUCCCCUCCUGCUGAGCCGCAUGAAGGAAGUGGGGAAGGUGUUCCUUGCCACCAACAGUGACUACAACUACACAGACGCAAUAAUGACAUAUCUGUUUGACUUCAGUGAAGAUGAUACGGAGGAACCUCAGCCCCGUCCUUGGCGUUCUUACUUUGAUCUGAUUGUCGUCGACACGCGUAAACCGCUCUUCUUUGCUGAGGGGACCGUCCUGCGACAGGUCAACACGGACACAGGGAAGCUGCGGAUUGGCACCUACACAGGUCCCCUUCAACACUGUGCUGUUUACUCUGGAGGCUCCUCAGACAUGGUGUGUGAUCUCUUGGGAGUGAAGGGCAAGGACAUCCUCUACAUCGGUGACCACAUAUUUGGAGACAUCCUCAAGUCCAAGAAGAGGCAGGGCUGGCGCACCUUUCUGGUAGUGCCCGAACUGGCCAAGGAGCUGCAAGUGUGGACAGAGAAAAGUGAACUCUUUGAGGAACUGCGGAGUCUGGAUGUGUUCCUGGCUGAGCUUUACCAGCACUUGGACAGUGGAAGCAGCGAGCGCCCAGACAUCAGCUCCAUCAAGAAGCGCAUUCAGAAAGUCACUCACGAGAUGGACAUGUGCUACGGGAAGAUGGGCAGCCUGUUCCGCUGUGGCUCCCGCCAGACUCUGUUUGCCAACCAGCUGAUGCGCUACGCUGACCUCUACGCCGCCUCCUUCAUUAACUUCCUGUAUUACCCUUUCAGCUAUCUCUUCCGGGCACCACCCACACUGAUGCCCCAUGAAUCAACUGUGGAGCACGUGCGUGUGGAGUUCAGUGAGACAGGCUUGCCCCCAGGGCAUCGGAUGCACCCUCUUGGCUUCUACAAGCAACAGAAGCUCCAAAACAUUUUCCAGGACGCCAACCACGACGAGGACUACGACGACUGAAUCCCUCCAAUCUAUGCCGAAGGCAAUCCAGAUGCGACAGAUGAGUCUUGCUCAGCUGAAGCUGAUGACAGGAUGGGAAGGGGGAGAAAGAGGGGCUUCUAAAACAGAAAUAGAUGAUGGUAUUCCCCAAGCCAACGCUAGAAAGACCUAACCUACGAAGCGACUGAUUCUGAAAGGGAGGCCAAGGCUGCACACUGGUCCUUGUGCAAUAGCCCAGUGAGUUGCAAGAAGCCGCUGUAGGAGGCUGACUGCAUCCCUGCCCCAUUGGACACUUCAUCCAACAAGAGCUCUGCCCUCAAGAAUCAAGACCGUCAGCCCCUCCCAGCUGAUUCUGUCUGAAAAUGCUGCCUCUUAUUUCCACAUUAUCAGAGCCUCUGCACGGCUGUCUCAGAUUGGUUCAACAACCAAAAGCAACGUGGGCCUGUUCUCCCUACCUGUGAGGCAUGAAGACCUGACCUUUUGAGGAGGGCAGCGCAUGAGGCCUCCCGUCUCCUGCCUGCUCUCACUGUGCACACCUUUGUUGUGCGUUGGAGAAGCAAAGAAGAAAGCCAGUCUGCUUCCUGAGUGGACACCCUCGCUCUGGGGAGAAACCUCUCCCUCUGGCACCUGCAGAAGACGCCCCGCACCUCCAAGCCCUUCCAGGCAGACUGAGGCUUCACCCCCUGGGAAUUGUGACAGGAUGUGAUUGGGACUGAAACAACUAGCCCUGGAGCUGCAGGAACAUCCCAGGCACAGCCAACUGGGUCUGUGGUGGUCCAGUCACCCUCACAGAGCACAGCCAGUGGCUCUAUUGACAUGUUUUGGGCAUCAGUGUUCAAGCCAGCUCUGCUGUUGAGCUCAGCAGGAAUUUCACAUUCUGUUUGUCAUGCAGGAACAGUAGCCACCUCUCUGUCUCCAGGCAUCUGCCCACUUCCUUACAUUAGUCCACAGGAAGACCACAAAAGAGAAGCAGAAAACAAUUUCUAGACCAGGAGGAUGAGGAACACCCACCUUUGUUUGCUAGGGAGGGCACAGUCAUCAGAAACAGUCUGAAAAGAGCACAGCUCAAGGCCAAGAGAGUCCCUUGAGUGAAGCCGGAUUUUCCUGCAGCCUUAUCCCCUACCAUUCAGAUGCCCUCAUGUAACAAGCCAGUCUGGCCCUAAUGUUAGAUGAAUCUGGAUUUGAGAAGGUUUAAACGAACAGCAGUUUGAGCUGUGUCCCGGGAGCCCUGUCCGGAGGGAGCUGAGAGAAAAGUACAGAUUGUACACACUCUUAAAUGAUGGGGGUAGCAGAGAAACCCAUCCCACUGCAGAAUGCAAGAGGCCCUUCUCCUUUUUGUGCUCACAGAGGAGCACAAGACAGUGUCGGCACAAGGCACGAAAGACUCAGCAGCGCCUUCACUGGAGACUGACAGGCUUUGCUUUCGUUCCUCUGCGAAUCUGGUUCCUAGAAAGAAAUCUUGCUGUGGAACAAGGGCGCUAUUCCCUCCCCCCGAACUCCCCAGUGCCAGAUGUGCACAGUUUUAUUCCAACAAAAAUAAAGAUACCUAUAUUGUGAAAGUUA